AUGAUUAUUCAGUCGUUAUUCAACGUCUUAAGGUGUUGCAUAUUAAAAGAUCUUUAAAGUUUCUUGCGAAAAGUUAAAAGUGUUGGUGAUUGUGAACAAUUGACGAGUGAUAACGAAACGUUUGAAAAAACCAAAUCAACGCAAUGUCUUCUGAUGCGAAGUCGAUUAUACCGAAAUUUACGGAAUUGAAUGAGUUGGCAGGCCUUUCGAAUGGUGGUCAAGUGAUAUUCUCAACUGAUGAUUGGUUUGCAACAGCCGAAAAUAUGCUAAAGGACACGGAACCAGUGUUCAUUGCUGAUAAAUUCACAGACUGUGGAAAGUGGAUGGACGGCUGGGAAACACGUCGUAAACGUAUUCCCGGACAUGAUUGGUGUAUCGUUAAAUUGGGUGCUCCGUGCAACAUUAAGGGCAUAUUAGUCGACACCGCCUUCUUUACGGGAAAUUAUGCUCCCCGCAUUUCGAUUCAAGGGGCUUGUCUCAGCGAAUAUGAAGAGAGUCAACUACCAAUCCGACAAAGUAAAAUGGGAUCGGCAUGUUCAAUUGAAGAGGUACAACAGAUUUCCCAGUUGAGAACCGAGUGUUGGACUGAGUUAGUAGAAAUGACGAGCUUGAAACCUGGCUAUGAAGACACAAGAAAAACGUACAUCUCCGUUGACACCAACGAGGUUUGCUCGUACAUUCGAAUCAAUAUUUAUCCAGAUGGUGGCGUUGCCCGACUAAGAGUUUUCGGCACAGUCGUACCAGAUCUGACUCAAUUCGAUCAGAACGACAUCAUCGAUUUGGUGGCAAUGGAAAAUGGUGGUACAUGCAUCGGAUACUCGAACGCUCAUUUCGGUCAUCCAAGAAAUUUGAUCAAACAACAUCGCGGUGUGAACAUGGGAGAUGGAUGGGAAACGAUGCGAAGAUUGGAUCGUCCCGCUAUUUUGGAGGCAGACCCGAAUGGAAUUCUUAAGGUGCCCGGCUGUGAGUGGGCAAUUAUUAAAAUGUGCUGUCUUGGCUACGUGAAGGAAGUCGUUGUCGAUACGUUACACUUUAAGGGAAAUUUCCCAGACAGUGUCAAAGUUGAGGGUACGAUUUUAAGUACCGGAGAGACAUUGUCCUCGGCUAAAUGGCUCACAAUUGUGGGCAGUCAGAAGCUUUCCGCUAAUAAAGAGCAUUUUUAUAAGAACGAAAUUCAUCACAGCGGGCCAUUUAGUCAUGUUAGAGUUACAAUGUCGCCGGAUGGUGGCAUAUCAAGAGUUAGAUUGUUUGGUAACAAAGCCGAAUAGACUUCUUAAACCUGACGCCAUUUAUUUGGUGGAGCCAACGCACUGACAGU